AUGGACACAGUGUUAUUUACCCCAACCCGCAUCUCUGGCUCGGUUUGUUAUCACUAUACUGUUUAUUUCAUGAACGUCACCAUGAGGGACCCGGCCCGCGAUAUACUUCGCGGUCUGACAUUCUAUGAAAUGGAGUAUACGAAUCACUCUGAUUACCUUCAACACCAGGCACCAGGAAUAAAUGGGAUCACUUACGCCGACACGAUAUUUCCCACAUUUCUGUUUGUAUCAGGAAUGGGUUCUCGGUCAACUUAUAGAAACAUCCAGACGGUAGGGCUGGGAUUAUCGUACAAUUUCCUCAAACAAUUUGAUCGAAGCUGGGUCAAAUCGCCCCAAACCAUCACCGUUCGCCCCUUUGGUGUUUUGCAGCGCAUUGGCCUAGCAGGCCUUGUUUUGAAGCUAGCGCCAAAUCCAGCUCGGCUCGAGAGCUGUGCGUACCCAAUUUGUGCAAUUGCGUUGUGGAUGUGUCUUUCCUAUGGCAUGGCUACCGAUAUAAGGCACCCCUUCAAAAAGGCAGCUCUCAGUGCUCAGACCAAAAUCGACAAAUUCGUGCUUUCUAGUUUUGGGCCUCACUUCACCUUAUACACUCCUGAUCUGGACCCUGAAGGUCUUCUUGGAACACUCAUGGCUUCUGUAUCUAUGUGGUUUGGCGCGUGGGUUUCCGAAAACAUUGUUUCAUAUAAUGAUGCCUUCAUGACAGGGCUAUCGCUGUUCUCUUUCGGGCACAUGUUCAGUUACGCUUUCCCACGGACAUGCCCAAUGAACAAACCUUACUGGACGUUGAGCUUCAUGCUUUCAACAACCGGUGUUUCUCUGCUCAGAUACACUUUUGUCAAGGCAGCUGUUCCUUAUUUCCCCUCGAUGCUAACCAAGCUGCUCUCCGCGACAGGUAAGCACACGCUCUUAUUGUUCUUUGCGUCUGCAGUGCUCGAUAAAGUAAGCGUGACAGCUCAAGUCAAGCGACUUGUGAACAAGUUUGUUGGGGGAAUCGCUGGCGAUUUGAUUUCAACAACGGUUAUCAACACAGGCCUCGCAUCUCUUGCGAUGAUGCUUGGUUGA